AUGGGCAUUCCCACCAUAAAUUUCAUAGUAGUUGGCAUGGCGGCCAUGAGUUUUGCAAUACGACACAACAGGCAACGACUGCCCGAUAUUCCAAUGGCCGAGGAUCUAACUAUACCGCUACCCGGAUUCCCCUCAUUGGUUGUCCGCUUUCGAACCUUUGAAGCUCGGAAGGAAAGUAAGGGCCUCACCUUCACAAACCGCCUUUCUAUCUCUGUGGAGGAAAGCUGGGCAAUGCUUAGCAAUACUUGCCGAGAGUUGGAAGGCAAAUUUGUGGACUAUUUUGAAAGAAGCACCGAGCGGUUCAUGUUUCCCGUGGGGAUUUCCAUGCCCAGCCUGCCACCUCGGCCUGAUGCAGACCGUUGCUUGGCCUGGCUGGACAGGCAACCCGAUUGUUUUGUUGUGUUUGCGUGUUUCGGCAGUGAAUGCCCUCUCACCACCCAAGAUCUCGCUACUCUCCUGUUGGGGUUGGAGGAAAGUGAAAUUUCAUUCCUGUGUGGUCUUUUUGGCCACGCGGGGGCUGAGUUGCAGAGUGUCUAA